CUCCCGCUCAUACGUUGACUUUUCGCCACUCCUGGAAAAGUAUCUUGCGUCUUCGGAUUAGUUUGGGCGACCAUGGGAGACGUGCGGGUCCCGCGGCAGCUGUUUUUGCGCGGCGUAGCCGUCGCUUAUUUAUGCGCGUUCGCAUCCCUCUACAUCCAAAUACCAGGCUUGUAUGGAGAUGAAGGCAUCUUGCCUGCACGCCUCCUGGUGGCCGGGGAGCAGAAGCCGCUCCUGCAGCAGCUGCAGGAAAGUCCGUCCCUCCUGUGGCUGGUGCCUUCCCUGGGCCUUGGGCCCCAGCAGGGCCUGGAGCUCAUCUGCCUGUUGGGGGCACUGCUGAGCCUGGGAGCUGUGCUGCUGGGAGCACUCAGAGACAGCCUGGCCUACCUCUGUCUCUGGAUCCUUUACCUCUCCCUAUACACCGCUGGAGGAGACUUCCUUCAUACAGAGUGCGACUCUCUGCUGUUGGAGGUGGGCUUCUUGGCCUUCCUGGUAGCUCCCUGUGGCUUGCUCCGGAGCUCCACGUCUCCCGGCCUCCACGACCCCGUGACCUUUUGGCUGACCCGCUGGCUGCUUUUCCGGCUUGUGCUCUGUACCGGUCUCAGCAAGCUAGCCAGCAGUGACCCCUGCUGGUGGGACCUCACAGCACUGAGUCGGUAUUAUGAGACUCAGGCGAGCCCCACACCUCUGGCGUGGUAUGCACAUCAGCUCCCCGAUUGGCUGUCGAGACUUGGCGCCGUUUGUGUGAUGGCGUCGGAGAUCGCCGUUCCACUGUUGAUGUUCUUCGCUCCUGUUCGUGGACUGAGGAUCUGUGGCUUUUACAUCCAGGUCUUUCUGCAGCUCUGUCUUGUCCUUCUGGGCGGCUGCAGCCUGACGCACCUGCUGUCUGUCGUGCUGAGUUUCUCCCUGCUGGACGAUGACUGCUUCAGCGGCUGCACACACCAAAAGAAGAAGCCCAAGUCGAAGACAUGGAGUCAGUUUUUGCUCUCCUGUCUGGCUUUACUUGUCAAACUGGCUGUCUACGUCCUUAUUUUGCUUGGCACAAUAAAGCUCUUUAAGCUGGAGAUCAACUGGGAGCAGAAGAUUGUGUUGUCUAAAACUAACUUCACCCAGGAGAACUUUUCUGAGUUUGUGAGCCUGAUUCAGGCGCCCACCAUUUGGGUAGGAGUACUCUCACUGACAUGGGAAGCAGUAGUCACCAUGCUCAGGUGUGCUUGUGUGAGGGGCAUUAUGGGAAAGCUCUGCGCCCUCACUCAGUGGGCCAUCUUCACUGCUACAACUGUGGCUGUGUUCACCCUCAGUUUAGUUCCAUACACUGCCGUGGCAGGUGUGUCUGCUGGGAAAAUCUUCCGUGAGGUGCAGAACGCUUACGGGGCUGUGGAAAAGUAUCAGCUCGUCAGUGCAUACGGCAUUCAGCACAGAAUGGUGCCCCCUGCUGGACGUCCAGAAGUAAUUAUUGAAGGCAGUGGGGAUAAGAAAACAUGGAAGGAGCUGAGCUUUAUGCACAAGCCGAGCAGUGUGAGCGAAGCGCCUCCGGUCCUGGGGCCCCACAAGCCUCGGCUGGACUGGUUGUUGUGGGAGGCGGCACGGGCAGACUACCAGCACAGCCACUGGUUUACAGGCCUAGUGCAGCAGCUGCUACUGGGCAAGCAGGACGUGCUGAGGCUGCUCCAGGUGGAUGAAGCACAGUACCCCUUCCGCGUGUCCCCGCCUGCCUUCCUCAGAGCCAGCGUCUACCACUAUCACUUCACCCAGACUGGACAGGACGGGAACCAGCCGCGGGAAUGGUGGAAAAGACUAUAUGUGAGGGAAUUUUUUCCUGCGGUGCACCUGGGUGACCCUGUCCUUGAGGAGUUACUGCAGGAGGCAGGACUGAAGGAAAAGUUCCCAGUCCUGCCAAUUUCAGACACACCUUUGGCCCAGGCACUGAGUGUUUUGCGGGGUCAUGCUAGGGGACAUUCUGGGCCCUUGGUGCUUUUGACCCUUUUUACCACUGUGGCCUCCAUCCUCCUCCUCAAAGAUCUUGUCUCCCGAAGCCGGACACCUAAGGGCCCGAAGCCCAAGUCCAAGCCCGCCACGAGUGAGCACAAGAGUAAGAAACCGCGAGAGGCUCAUCCCGAAGCCUCUGAGAAAAACCGCGGGCCUUCCGGUCGCGGAGGUAGGAAGGAGGGUUUGGAAGAGAGGAGGAUUGACUCGGACAGAAGCCCUCGCAAGAGAAAGUGAGCUGCCACCACUGUCCUCCAGGCUGCUUCUCGGGCAGGAGAGAGAUUUCGUUCUCAGGUGUAUUUGAAAUGCUGAAUCCUAAAUUGCCAUCAAGUUACAUAAAUUAAUUUGUUAAAAAAUCUCCUUCCCUCACCCCUUAUGACAAAUGAAGUGUUUUCAAGUGGGUUUAUAUCGCGUUCACGUCUGAGAAGGUUCAAACCAAGCCUGCUCCGUAGCACUAUGAACAUACUAUUUACCAAAGUUGGCAAGAAAUUGUGUGUGUGUGUGUGUGUGUUUCACAUUAGUGUGUUAUACCCUGUAAAGGUCCAGGAACUAGGUGAAGAGUUCAGAAGCCUACAUGUCUCCACAGGUCACAAGUAGCUGCAAAAUGUGGUUAGAAUAAUUCUUUUUUUCUUUUUUUUUUUAAAUUAUUCCACAUUAAUCAUGUACAAGCAGUGUUACUUAAAAGCUUCAUUCAGAAAUGUGCAGCUUUGUCCCACAGUGUAAACAUCUGACAAUUAUAAAAUGUGUUCUUCCAUCGUUGAGCUUUAUUUCUAACACUUCGAUCCUACCAGAAUUAAUUCCCACGCUUCCUUUUUUUUUUUUUUUUGCAGCUCUUUAAACUGAUGA